UGGACGCGCGCGCUGUGAGUGGCGACGCUCUCCAAACAAAGGGCCGGGAAACGCACGCACACGCACACGGACACAGGGCUCACUGCUGCAGCAGUACAGAAACACACACGCAUCAAUACAUACACUCUCCUCUCCAGUGCAGCAGAUAAACUGUCCUCAACCUGCAGCCAACAUGACGUCUAACGGAACCAGCGACAUGCUGACCAUCCAAUUUGGACUCAUCAAUUGUGGAAACAAAUAUCUCACAGCUGAGUCGUUCGGCUUCAAGAUCAACGCCUCAGCCACGAGCAUGAAGAAGAAGCAAAUCUGGACGCUGGAGCAGGACGGUGAUGACUCGAAUGUGUUCUUCUUGAAGAGCCACCUGGGCCGCUACAUCGCCGCCGACAAGGACGGCAACGUGACUGGAGACACCGAAGCGCCAAGCGACGAUUGCCGCUUCGUGGUGACGGCGCACGACGACGGCCGCUGGUCCCUGCAGUCCGAGCCGCACCGGCGCUACCUGGGCGGCACCGAGGACCGCAUCACAUGCUUCGCGCAGACCGCGGGCCACGCGGAGAAAUGGAGCGUGCACAUCGCCAUGCACCCGCAGCUCAACCUGUUCAGCGUGACGCGCAAGAGAUACGCGCACCUGAGCGCCAAGGACGACGAGGUGGCCAUCGACCGCGACGUGCCGUGGGGCGUAGACUCGCUCAUCACACUCGUCUUCCAUGAGCAGAAGUAUCAUCUGCAGACCUCGGACAACCGAUUCCUCAAAAACGAUGGCACGCUGGCGCAGAAGCCCGACAAGACCACUGGCUACACGCUGGAGUUCCGCUCCGGGAAGGUAGCAUUCCGGGAUGGAGUGGGGAAAUACCUGGCCCCAUCCGGACCCAGUGGCACCAUGAAGUCCGGCAAGAGCACCAAAGUGGGCAAAGACGAGCUGUUCGUCCUGGAGCAGAGCCACCCUCAAAUAGUGCUGACCGCUGCUAACGACAGGAAUGUGUCCACCAGGCAAGGGAUGGACUUGUCCGCCAACCAGGACGAAGAGAGCGAUCAAGAGACCUUUCAGAUGGAGAUCAGUAAAGAUACAAAGAAGUGCGCUUUCAAGACCUGCACUGGAAAAUACUGGACGCUCACUGAUAAUGGUGGACUGCAGUGUACCGCUUCUACCAAGUCUGCCAACUGCUAUUUCGAUAUCGAAUGGCGAGGCACGAAAAUUACCCUCCGUGCCUCCAAUGGAAAAUAUGUGGCAGCCAAAAAGAAUGGGCAGCUGGCUGCUAGCAUUGAUUCUGCAGGAGAGACUGAGGAGUUCCUGAUGAAGCUGAUCAACAGGCCCAUCAUCGUGCUGAGGUGCGAGCACGGCUUCAUCGGCUGCAGGAAGGUCACCGGGACUCUGGACUCUAACCGAUCCUCUUAUGAUGUCUUUAGCCUGGAGUUCCGCAACGGGGCCUACAGUCUCCAAGAUUCCACUGGGAAAUACUGGAUGGUAGGGAGCGAGUCCUCAGUGGUGAGCAGCAGCGAUACCCCAGUCGAUUUCUUCCUGGAGUUCUGCGACUACAACAAGGUGGCCAUCAAGUCGAGUGAAGGGAAGUACCUGAAGGGAGACCACGCUGGUGUUCUGAAGGCCAAUGCUGAUGAGCUGGACAGCUCCACUAUGUGGGAAUAUUAGAAGCACUCAAGUGACCACCAUUUAUUUUUUUUUCUUUUUCUUUCUACAUAUUAAAUGAUUUUUUUUUAUUUUUUUUUGUUCACCAUGAGCACAAGUGGGUAGGAGAGUGAAAUGAAGGUCUGAGUGGUUUUGGUGGUUUAAAUAGACUCCAAUGAUGAAGACUCUCUCUUUAAAAUAAGCAUAUUCAUAUUCAUACUCCAGCAUUCUGGUGCCAUGGAAGUCUAGCAGUGAAAUGCAGCUUCCCUUGGCCAAAUAUCAGUGUCUGUCAGCGCUAAAUUUCUAGGGGCUUUAUCCGAUCCCCAAAUUUCGUAUCCUGUGGUAAAGUCUCGUGGUUUGUUAAACGAUUCGACUGGAAUUAAAACUGAUCCAGAGUCUGAGGAGAAGCGUUGUACCCAGUGUUCUCACAGGUUUGCUGGAUCUCCUUAGAGACAAAAUGUCGGGUGGGAUUUUUUUCCGCAAUCCCUUUCCUCGUCUUUGCACAGUUCUGUAAGAGCCUUUCUCUUUCGAUAUGUUGUGUUUUAGGAGAAUGUUGUGUUUACCGAUGCCUUGUUCAACCCUGUGAGCAUUAGCUCAUGACCCUUCGCUAUAAUAUUGCCAGGUGUUAGGUGUUAUCCCAUUGACCAGAAGACUAAUGGUGAUAUUUAUUGGUAGUUGUAUGAAUGUUGAUGACUGAUAUGACUGUCCUGCCAUACACAGUUAUAUCCUGUGUCCUUUAACCACUGGAAUGUCCUGUUCUCGGCACUGAAGAUGACGCUGACCUGUUAGUAUGGCUACGUGUGUGUGUGUGUAAUACAGUGUUUAUUGGAUUUUCUUUCUUUCUUUUUUUUACUUUUCUUGGUGCCAUUACAUUUCCCUGUCAGAGAAAACUGUGAAGAGAUACCCAAUACAGUCCUUCAUCUCCAUUCUGGUUACACAUCCUAAUGCCAAUAGGAGGGGGGGGGUGUGUGUGUGACGUGAAUGUCCGCAUCCGAAGGCUCGAUUUGUUGUUAGUGUCGUUAAGAUACGAGGCUGAUGUUUCUGAUCUGUCCGAUCCAGUAUGUUGUUGCAGGUUCAACACUUUAUUUAUGCUAAAUUAAGACCUAUCUUGAUGGGUCACAGUGGAGGAGUGUGUGUGUGUUUGUGUUUGUGUUCACUGCACAUAUGGAACCAGCAUUGGGUUAAUCUGGAAGAUGCACAACUGUUAAACUGGAAAAAAGGAACACACAACUGUUCGGUUCUGUUUUAAUGUAAAAGGCACAGACAUUAUCAUAUACCUUUUAUCCGCAAUUUGGACAAAUAAAGCUUAGGAAUAAUCGCCUACACAAAACUAUAAGAGGAAAUAUAGAUAUCUAUCUAUUCUAACAAAGGUCUAUUAUGAAUUAUAACUAGAGAUAGGACCACUAGAGAAUCAGGGGUGGGACUUGACGAGACCUCCUGAUUCGUCGUUACGUUUUUGGCUCCGGAUUAAAAAUUCCGAACGUUUCUUACUGAAGAUGCUCAGUACGAGAUGUUUGUUUAGCUUUUGUAUCAAAGGGCCAUAAAUCUUUCUGCCAAUUUAAUAAGUAUACCAAUUGACACCGAUCAUCUGCUUGGUUCUGUUUCAGUAAAGAAAUAAAGUGACUGUUAUGGAAAAAUAAUAAUAUAAGCGGCAAUGUUUAUCAGUGCCUCAAACCAGUAAGGAUGGUGCAACUGCAUAAACACCAUAUGUUCCAUUAGUCAAAGCUAGUAACGUAGGAUAAAUUAGUAGAGAAAUCAUAUAAUCUACUCAUACAUGAAGGUUUCUGAUGACUGAGCUCACGCUUGCAUACAAGGGAGUGGUAAUGACUGUGCCUUAUGGUCAUACUGGAAAAACACAACAUUCCACAUCUAUACUUUGUAAAACUUUACUGACUUCUUUUUUUUUUAUAUAUAUAUUGUUUUUUGAUAUUAUGAUUGCUUUUUCUUCAUGUGCCAUGGGUACAAAAAACCUACGAUAAAUUGGAUUAUGAAACUCGA